AUGGCGGAAAUAUCAGCAAGCGACGAAAAGGUCGCUGCGACUCAUGUCCCCGAUGCUGCGCUCCCCGAAUCUCAUCACCCGGAGAAAAUGUCCGUUGGUCGGUAUGCGGCAACUCGACUCACGACUCUGAAGCCUCCCAUGAAUCAAGCUCCCAAUCCAUUCCGUCUCCUCGCUAUGUUGUCUGGAAAACAGUGGUUGUUCUUCUUAGUCGGUUUCCUUGCUUGGACUUGGGACGCCUUCGACUUCUUCACCGUCAGCUUAACCGUCUCCGACCUCGCCAAGACCUUCGAUAAAACCAACACGCAAAUCACAUGGGGCAUCACACUCGUCCUCAUGUUCCGAUCCGUCGGCUCCAUCCUCUUCGGUCUCGCCGCCGAUCGGUACGGACGCAAAUGGCCGUUCGUCGUCAACAAUAUUCUCUUCAUCGUCCUCGAGCUCGGAACAGGGUUCUGCCAAACGUACAAGCAGUUCCUUGCCUGCCGCGCCCUGUUCGGUGUCGCAAUGGGUGGUCUCUACGGAAAUGCCGCAGCCACGGCCCUGGAAGAUUGUCCGGAGGAGGCGCGUGGUAUUGUGUCGGGGAUGCUGCAGCAGGGUUAUGCGUUUGGCUAUUUACUCGCUACGGCGUUUGCGAGGGGGCUUGUUAAUACUACUUCUCACGGAUGGCGGCCUCUGUACUGGUUCGGUGCUUGUCCGCCUGUCUUGAUCAUCAUUUUCCGGCUGUGCUUGCCGGAGACCGAGGCGUAUAAUGAGCGGGUCGCUGUACGGAACGAGAAUGGGAAUAUUGGGAAGACGUUCAUUGCGGAAGGGAAGGUGGCUUUGAAGAGACAUUGGCUGUUGCUUAUCUAUCUCGUGCUUCUAAUGGCUGGAUUUAACUUCAUGUCCCACGGCUCCCAAGACCUCUAUCCAACCAUGUUGACCAACCAAUACAACUUCAGCGCCAACGCCGUAACCGUCACGCAAGUGGUCGCCAACCUCGGCGCCAUGACCGGCGGAACCGUCAUCGGCUACUGCUCGCAAAUCUUCGGCCGCCGCUUCUCCAUCAUCUUCAUCUCCAUCAUCGGCGGCGCCCUGCUGUACCCCUACACCUACACCUCCUCGAAAGCCGUCAUCGCCGCGGCCUUCUUCGAGCAAUUCUGCGUCCAGGGCGCUUGGGGCGUCAUCCCCAUCCACCUGAUGGAGCUCUCGCCGGGCUCCUUCCGCACUUUUGUGGUCGGUACUUCGUAUCAGCUGGGGAACCUCGUCUCGUCUGCUUCCUCGACUAUCGAAUCGACCAUCGGGUCGCGCUUCCCGCUGCCGCCGACCUCAAAAGGGGUCAAGCGCUACCAGUACGGCAAGGUGAUGUGUAUCUUCAUGGGCUGCGUGUACGUCUAUGUCAUCAUCCUGACGUUCGUGGGGCCCGAGUACCUGAGGCGCAGCUUCGAGGUCCAUCAGGAUAGCGACAUUGCGGAGGCGGCGGGGCACGACACGAUCGAGGCGGCGAUGCGGAAGAUUCAUCGGCGGGAGGCGAUGGGGAUGGGGGUUGAUGCUAGUGAUCGGGAGGAUAUGGAGAAUAUUGAGAAGGGGCGGGCUAAGCUUUAG